UUUUAUGUAAUAUUCCGUGGGUAAUAAUAAUAAUAACAAUAAUAUCCAAAUCUAUAUGCAAAAUCAUUGUUAAGAUAUGUGUGAUUUAUUAUAAUAUGGUAAUUGACCAAGGAACGUUUUUUUGCAAUUAUUGGAUAGUCCAUAAAUGGAGUGCCGAUAUGAAAUUGUGUCGUAAAUCAACCACGACCACUAAACCCAGAUUGCAUGCUGCAAGAAAAAACAGAAAUCGAGCAAUACCCAAAUAAAUAUACGUAAAUAAUUAAUUGAUACAGAAUAUAGAUAAAUAUAACAGCAAAUAAUUAAUUUCGAAAUAUUAUGGGUAGAUCCUCUAAAGAUAAGAGAGAUGUGUAUUAUAGACUUGCCAAAGAAGAAGGAUGGAGAGCAAGAAGUGCUUUCAAGUUAUUGCAAAUAAACAAUGAUUUUGGUAUCUUCAAAGGUGUUAAACGUGUGGUCGAUUUAUGUGCGGCUCCUGGUAGUUGGAGUCAGGUUUUAUCCAGAAAAUUACGAGGCAACGAUGGGGACAAAUCAGAUGCUAAAAUAGUUGCUGUAGAUCUCCAAGCAAUGGCCCCAAUUCCAGGAGUUAUUCAAAUUCAAGGCGAUAUCACCAAAAAGUCGACUGCUGAAGAAAUAGUUGGUCAUUUCGAAGGAGAAUCGGCGGAUUUGGUUGUUUGUGAUGGGGCACCUGAUGUCACUGGUCUUCAUGAUAUUGAUGAAUACAUUCAAGCUCAGUUGCUGUUAGCUGCACUAAAUAUCACAACACAUAUUCUUAAAUCCGGUGGAACAUUUGUUGCCAAGAUAUUUCGUGGAAAAGAUGUCACUCUUUUGUACUCCCAGCUAAAACUAUUUUUUCCCUUGGUGACUAUUUUCAAGCCUAGAAGCAGUAGGAAUUCCAGUAUAGAAGCAUUUGUUGUAUGUGAAAAUUAUUCUCCACCCAAGGGGUACAUACCAAACAUGUCAAAUCCUUUAUUGGAUCAUCAUUAUGACGUGGACUUUAAUAGCCUGGAAGGACCUAACCGCAUCAUUGUACCUUUCUUAGCUUGUGGUGAUUUAAGUGGCUUUGAUUCGGACAAAACAUACCCACUAGAACUUGAACCAGGAAAAGGAUAUACAUAUCAUCCCCCAACCCAAUCACCUAUUAAUCCUCCUUACAAAGAUGCAUGUUAUCUUCGAAAAAAUGACUUGUUAACUAAGCCAAGUUUGAAAUCAAACGGUGAUCAGAUAAGUCAGAGUGGUUCUGAAACAGAGUUAGAAGGCGCAACUUGUGAAAUAAACAAGCUAAAUAUCAAAUCUUAGUCCUAUUUCACAAGAGUACGGAGGUGGUUUUAAAACUGAACGAUUUAAAAAGAUAUGAUUUGCCAUUGUACAUAUAACUCGUAAUCACUGGACUGAAUCCAAUAAAUAAUAACAUACAUUUUAA